UCUCUAUAAAUUCAAGUCUUCAAUUUCACAGCUAUUCAUCUGCACUCAAAUUUUUAUAGCUUUCAAUUCCUUGUUUUACUCAGUUUUCUGUCCAUCGAUGGCAACACCCCCAAUCGCUCAUGAAUCUUUUGCUUGGGAAUACGAUGUGUUCUUGAGCUUCAGAGGUGAGGAUACACGCAAAACUUUCACUGAUCAUCUUUAUUCUGCGCUGUGUCAAACCGGAAUCCGCACAUUUAGAGACGACGAAGAACUCAGAAGGGGUGAAUAUCUUGCUCCUGAGCUCACGAGAGCAAUUCAAAAUUCGAGAAUCUCUAUGAUAGUCUUCUCAAAAGACUAUGCAUCCUCUAGGUGGUGCCUUGAUGAAGUUUUGCAAAUUGUGGAGUGUAAGGAGAAGGGAAAACAAAUAGUUUUUCCCAUUUUUUACGAUGUUGAUCCUUCUCAAGUGCGUAAGCAAAGUGGGAACUAUGGCUUGGCUUUUGCAAAGCACGAAGAACGUUUCGGGAAAGGUGAUAAAGUACAAAAGUGGAGAGAUGCUCUCACUAAAGUUGCAGAUAUGUCUGGAUGGGAUUUGCAAGGAAUCACCAACGGAUAUGAAUCCAAGUUUAUCGAUACAAUAAUCAAGGAGGUUCGGAUGAUAGUAAGACAAGUACCAAUGUUUGUGCCUAACACGGUAGGACUUGAUUAUCGUGUUGAGCAUGUGAUCCAGUUAUUGCUUGGGGAAUCUCAUGAUGGUGUCCGUAUGAUUGGGAUACAUGGUAUGGGAGGUAUUGGGAAGACAACUCUUGCAAAAGCGGUCUAUAACAGGCUUUUUGUAUAUUUUGAAAGGAGCUGCUUUCUAGAGAUAGAUUCAACAACUUUAGGGCAACAAGAUAAUGGAAUAAAUCUUGAGAAAGUAGACAAUCAAAUAAAAAUUAUACAAAAGCAGCUUUUUAAGAAGCUUUUUAAUGAGGAGAUCGACAUUGGCAGUAUAGACGAAGGAAUCAUGUUGAUGAAAAGGCGACUUCAAGCAAGAAAGUGUCUUAUUGUCCUUGAUAAUUUGGAGCAUAGAAAUCAAUUUAAUAAAUUAUGUGGAGGACGAGACUCGUUUGGAGGAGGAAGUACACUAAUUUUAACCACAAGAGAGGCACAUGUUUUUAAAGAGUUGAUUGUGGAUGAACACUAUGAAGUUAAGGUAUUGAACCAUGAGGAGUCUUUGCAGCUGUUUAGCCUACAUGCAUUUGGAGAGCAUGCGUUGCAAAAACAAGAUUAUAAUAAGCUUCUCAAUGGCAUAGUUGAUUAUUGUGAUGGACUUCCAUUAGCUCUUGAAGUUUUAGGGGCCUAUCUGUGUCAUAAAUCGCAAAAGGAGUGGAUUAGUACUUUAGAAAAAUUGAAAGGAAUUCCUCAUAAUGACAUUCAAGCUAAACUUAAGAUUAGUUAUGAUGGUCUUCCAGAUGAUCAUAUAAAAUCUCUUUUUCUUGAUCUUGUUUGUUUCUCCAAUGGAGUUUCUAAGGAGAAAAUUGAUAACAUGGGAUAUUUCUCAGACAUUGAAAUUCAAGACUUGGUUGACAAAUGCUUGAUAAAUUGUGAGUGGAUUGGGAUUAGUAUGCAUAGCUUAAUACGAGAGAUGGGGAGAGAAAUUAUUCGUUCGGAGUCACGCUACAAUCCUGGUGAGCGUAGUCGAUUGUGGUGUCCUUAUGAUAUCCAUGAUGUGCUUAUAGGAGAAAAGGGUACAAAAAAGAUUGAGGUGAUUGUAUUCAACUAUUCUCCUAUGAAAAAUGUGAAGUACAAUACAAAAGCAUUUAAGAACAUGGAGAAUUUAAGAAUUCUUGAAAUUGAUGAAGUCCAUCUUGAUGGAAAAUUCAAACAUCUAUCCAGUUCCAAGGUGCUUAGAUGUUUGCAAUGGAAUCAUUGCCCUUUGAAAUCUAUCAAUUUUCCAUCAAAUGGUUUUUUUGAGAAGCUUGUGAGUUUGGAAAUUGGGAAUAGCAACAUCAAAGAAUUUAAAGCCCCUCUAAAGUAUUUUCCUUGUCUCGAGUCGUUGGAUUUGUCUUGGUGCGAACAUCUCACAAGGACUCCGAACUUUAGUGGCUGUCAAAAUCUUCGUAAGUUAUCAUUUUUGGGAUGCUCAAAUUUGUUAAAGGUGCAUUCUUCCAUCGGAGAAUUGGGGAAAUUAGUUUCUUUAUGUUUUGGUGACUGUCAAAAGUUAAAGAAACUUCCAAAGAACGUCAGCCAUUUGCAGUCACUGCAAACUCUUCAUAUGUUCGGUUCGUUAGAACUUAAAGUAUCCCCUGAAAUUUUUGGAAAUUUAACCUCAUUACAAAGACUAAGUCUUGACCGUACCAGUACUUAUGGGGUGGUCUCCAACCUGUCUCAUUUGUUCAACCUUAAAUCAAUUUGGUCGAAUUUCUGCAAGAACCAACAAGUACUCCAACAACUUCCUCACACUGUUGAACUGCUCCAAUUGUAUCAUUGUGACAAUCUAAAAAUGAUCCAAGAGCUUCCACUUAACCUUAGGAUUAUUUCUUUAGAUAGUUGCACAAGUCUUAAAAUGCUUCCAAAACUUCCUCCAAAUCUUGAGAAAAUUACUUUAGAUGGUUGUGAAAAUCUUGUAAUGCUCCCAAAACUUCCUCUCAAACUUAAGACAAUUAGAUUAUCUAGUUGUAAAAAUAUUAAAAUGCUGACAGAAUUUCCUCCCAAUCUUAGGGAGAUUUUUUUAGGUGGUUGUGAAAAAUUUGAAAGGCUUCCAGAACUUCCUCCCAAUCUUUCUGAAAUUAGGUUAGAUGAUUGGAUAAACUUAAAAAUGUUCCCAGAACUUCCUCCCACUCUUAGAAAAAUUAGAUUAUAUAGGUGCAAGGAUCUUAAAAUGCUCCCAGAACUUCCUCUAGAUCUUUAUAAAAUUGAUCUAUGUAGUUGCAAAAACCUUAAAAUGCUUCCAAAAUUUCCUCCCAAUGUUACUAGAGUCUACGUAAAUGAUUGCCAAAACCUGAAAUUGCUCCCAGAACUUCCUCCAAAACUUCAAGAUCUUAGGGUUCAAAAUUGUGAGUUGAUUGAAAAAGUAUCAAACUUAUCAAAUUGUACGGGUUUGCUUCAUUUGCAUCUCAUCAAUUGCAAAAAGUUGAAGGAGUUUAAAGGUUGGGAGAAUCUUCAUUCCAUAAGGACAAUGGGGUUUGGAGGUGUUCCCCAUACCGAUUUCUCAGAAAGCAUUAAGGAGGUUUUAAAGCGCUCCAUGAAUUCCAAUGGUCUUCUUGCUUGUAAUGAAAUUCCUAGUUGGAUUAGAUGUCAGAAAGAAAAAUCGUCAAUAUCAUUUCAAUAUCCAUCAUCCAAUCAUACAUUGGAAUUUUAUGGAUUUGUUUUUUUGGUUGUGUUCAAUCCGGCUCCACUACUCCCACCACUUUAUUGUCAUUAUGACAUCAGAAUUGAAAAGCAUGAUUUCAAAGGCUUCCUACAUACAUGGUAUAAUUAUCAUGGGAUCCAAUUAGAAGUGGAAGGAAUUUCAUUUUUACAUGUCAUUACACCUAAUGAUCUUUACGAUUUUUAUGGGUAUAGAGAUAUAAAAGCUGGAGAAGUCUUCAAAGCUACACCUAUAACUGAAGUUUAUGAAGGAUUCUACAGAGAUAGGAUUAGAUCAUUCGGUGAACCAUGUUUGGUGAAGAAAAUAAGAGUUGAAGCAAGUGUGGUGAAGAAAAUAGGAGUUGAAGCAUUAUACAGAGAUAAAGAUGGCUCCCUACAACUUCUACCCCUCACUAAAGUUGGGUAGCUAGAACACUGAAGAAGAAGAAGAAUUUCUGGAAGCGCCAAAUAUCAGACCCAAAAAGAUUUUUUUGUUCAUGUUGUGCUCGAUGAUGGUAGAUGUUGGACAGAACAGAGCAGAGUGAAGUGACUGGAGCACUCUUCUUUUGUGCUUAAUGCAAAGUGCGUUGAGGGUGUGGUACAUGGUUAAUUUAGUACACGUGCCUUGUACUAGGUUGUGUCACUUGCAUUUCUCUGGUUGCAAAAAGUUGAAAGACUUUCAAGGUUGGGAGAAUCUUCAUUCCAUAUGGACAAUGAGAUUAGGAGGUGUUCCCCAUACCGAUUAUUUCUCGUAAAGUAUUAAGGAGUUGGAUUGGAUGUCAAAAAGAAAGAUCUGUCAGAGAAGAAAGUUCUGGAGUGCAGAUGGAAGAAAA